UGAGGAAGGCGUAAGAGCAGACUGACAGAAACAACCCCAAGCGGCAGCCGAAGAACUCAGAACCUCCGAGAGAGACGACCCAACUCAGAAUUCGCAAGCCUCGCUUACUCGCCGGAGCAGCCCACGCACCAGAUGGCCGCGGCAAUGGAGGUCGACGCCGGCGGAGAGAAGCCGUCGGAGAAGGAGCUCUUCCUCGCCGCGGAGUCCGGGGACGCCAGCGUCUUCGCCUCCCUCGCCCCCGCCGACCUCGCCGCCGCUCUCUCCCUCCGCAACGAGGACGGCCGCUCCCUCGUCCACGUCGCCGCCGCCUCCGCCCGCCCCGAGGCCGUCGCCGCGCUUGUGGCUGCGGGGGGCGACGCCGUGGCGAGCGCCGUGAACGGGAAGGACGAGGAAGGGUGGGCGCCGAUUCACUCGGUGGCCAGCAGCGGCAACGCCGAGAUCCUCGACAUCCUGCUCGGUCACGGUGCAAAUGUUGAUUUGACUACUGAUGCUGGCCGAACUGCUCUUCACUAUGCUGCUAGUAAAGGGAGGCUUAACAUUGCUGAAACGCUGAUAGCUCAUCGUGCAAAUGUCAACAAGAAAGAUAAGUUUGGCUGCACACCCCUGCAUAGAGCUGCAAGUACUGGAAAUGCUGAGCUGUGUGAAUACCUGCUUGAAGAAGGCGCAGAUAUUGAUGCAGUUGACAAGCUAGGACAAUCACCUCUAAUGCAUGCCGUCAUAUGCGAGGACAGAGGGGUUGCCCUUCUGCUGAUCAGACAUGGUGCCGAUGUUGACAUUGAAGACAAGGAGGGCUACACUGUCCUUGGCCGAGCCUCUGAUAGCUUCAGGCCUGCACUGAUUGAUGCGGCCAAGGCAAUGCUCGAAGGCUGAGGAUGUUUAGCUGCCCUAAGGUAAAAGAUAGAUGGGAGAACAUCUGGAACAGAAAAACCGUCGUUGUGUACCUCGUGAUACAAGUAUGAGCUGUUUCCCUCCAAAAUCAGAUUGACCAGUCAGACUUUUUGUUCGUGGUUAAUGAUUCUCGUGUUGACUUCGA